ACGUUCGCUCAUCGACCGAUGACGAGAAGACGGACCUGAAGCAUAUCUACAUGACAACUUGGUUGCAGCUGCCUUGUACCAAGCAGGAUUUCACACGAGCCGAGACGUUCAAGGCGUCAACGCCCGCGAACUGUCGAAUGUUGCAAGCAUAUCCCUUCAAGAAGCAGCUAGUGUUCUCAAUACACUACAAGGCGGCAAGCGAGCACCUCUUGGUGUGUCUGCUCUCGACAUUUUUCACAAAUCCAAGCAACAGCAGCGAAUCCGAACGUUCAUUCCGGACCUCGACGAGAUAUUGGGUGGGGGAGUUGCCAUGGGAGAAAUCACUGAAAUAUGUGGAGUUCCUGGUGUGGGCAAGACCCAACUAAGCAUCCAUCUCGCUCUUUGCGCUCAAUUCUGUCGUACAUCUGAGUCAGCCCUUGCCGAAUCCAUCUAUAUCGACACCGAGGGCAGCUUUUUGGUGCCUCGUGUGGUGACUUUAGCAGAAUCCAUCGCAGCAUCACACCAAGACGGGACCUUCACUGGAACACCGGUUACAAAAGAGGACUUACUCCGUGGAAUCACAUACUUUCGAGUGUACGACUACCAAGAGCAACAUGAUGUCCUGCUGUCGUUGACUCGGAUUUUGGCAUCCCGUCCGAAGGUUCGACUCGUUCUACUCGACAGCGUUGCAUUCCACUGCCGCCACGCAUUUGACGACAACAAAGGCCGCGCCAGAGCAUUGCAUAACAUGAAUGUGGUGCUGCGCAAACUGCUAUCCGACUUUUCCAUUGCGGUAGUUCUGGUAAAUCAUGUAACCACGUCGGUCGGGUACGCUGGCUCCGACUCUGCGAUCGUUCCUGCACUAGGGGAAGCGUGGUCGCAUGUCAUCUCGACGCGGCUAUUGCUUCAGUGGGAGAAUCACGUGCGAUCGGUGCAAGUGGUGAAGUCGAUCUCGGAAGCUGCCUUGUCGACGCAUUUUGAUGUCACGGAGCGCGGGAUUGAGCCGUACAGUCGCAAGCGAAGUCGAGACUCCGAAGACCUGAGCCCCACAUGUUGACGAGAACGUUGGGCUCACGUAUUUUUUAUUCGAACAUGAUUCGAAUGCUUUGAGGCGUA